AUGGCCUGCAACCACGCCUCGCUCGCGACGCGGACGCGGUACACGCGGCUUGACCUCGAGAGGCCUCGCCGCUGCGCCUGCGGCGUGGCGGCGCUCGCGGUGGCGGCUUCGCUGGCGGCAGUCGCGGCGCUCGCUGCGUCGCCGCUCGCGAGGAGUGGUGGCGUCGUGGCGGCCUGGAGAACCGAUUCGGCGGCCGCCAGCUCGGAGCCGGCGGCCCGGCCUCGCGGCGCUGUCAGCGGAGCGGCCACCGGCGUGCAGUUUGUCGUCCGAGGCGAGGCGCAGCAGGUCGUGAGGUCUGUGGGAGGUUGGCUCAACUACACGCUCGAUGUGACGGAGGGAGUCUUCCUCCUCCCGCGCGGCAUCUCCUUCGCCACGCGCCUGUACAACGGCGUCUCUCCCGCACCGCUGCUGCUCGCGAGGCCGGGAGACCGCAUCAGGCUGCGGUUGCGGAACCGGCUCGGGCCAGACGUCGC